CCCCCGCCCCCCUCACCCAUGGGCGACACCAUGGCGAGGCCGUACGUGCCGCAGGAGUCCCGGCCGAUGGACGCGGCCCAGGUCCUGCCCUUGCGCUCGCUCACCCUGCACCUGGUGGGGUUCGAUCUGUCCCGCGCGGCGUGGCUGCCGCCCGAUUCGUCGGCCGUGUCUGGGUCUCACAUGCAGCCGGGUGCCCGCGUGGCCGGGGUCCCGGUGGGCGAUCGCACGCAGCUGGACCUGGAGGCUACGCGCCACCUGGCCGGGCUGUCGUUCCUCCUGGCGGAGGUCCGCCUGCUGGAGCUGACGGCUCUUAGCCAGCUUGGCGGGGUGUUCAUCCGCCAGGGGACGCGUUUGCACCUGGCGGGCCGUGCGGGGGUCCGCGUGCGCGUCGAAUGCCGGGCACUGGUUCCGCUGUGUGCCGACGUGCCUGCGGCCGACCUCCGUCCCUGGUGCGCGGUGGUUUCCUCCACGGCCGUGUAUGUGGAAGCCCCCCUGGGGGGCCUGCCCAGUGGCUUCGGCGCUGGGCCCCAGGGCCCGGCGGCCGCCGGCGCUCCCCGGGCCCCGGUGAGCCUGGCUCGGCAGGACUCCCUCUGGCUGGAUGCCGGGGCGUGGCUUGGGCGGCUGUGUCCCGGGGUCUUCCACGGCCAGGGAGGCGCCCUGGCCGCGGUGACCGGCUACUGCUCGGGCUCCCUGGCCGGGGUCCCGGGCAGUCCGGCCCCCGGGCCGGUUCUCGUGUCCGGCCCGGCCGGCUGUGGCAAGACGUCACUCUGUGUUUGGGCCGGCUCCGGGGCCGGGGCCAAGGGGGCCGAGCCCGAGGGCGAUGCCUGUGGCAGCGGCUCCCACGCGGCGGCCCCCCGGCGGGUGAUGCUUCUCAGCCCGUGGGACAGCCCGGAUCGACUGGUUGGCCAACUCACCCGGUUGGCCGGGUGGCUGGCGGCCGUCGGGCCCGGCAGUUCGGCCGUCCGGGCGACGCUGGUCCUGGAUAACUUGGAUGGCUCGGACUUGGCACCGGCCCCCGGGGCACGGUCGCCGCUGCCGGCCAUUCUCUUUGGCUUUGUCAACCGCCUGUUGACCACGCAUGGGCCGGCCCUGCAGGUGCUUGGGGCUUGUCGCGACCCGGCCCGGGUGCCGGCUUCGCUGGCCCGUCUUUUCGAGACCUCGGUGGCGGUGCCUCCCCUGACGGAUGCCGCGCGCCGGGCCAUCGGUGUGGCGCUCGCCCAGUGGGCCCCCCUACGCGGGGUGUGUCUCGAAGUGCGGCAGCCGGCGGAUCCGGCCGCCAUCGGGGCCUUUGUGGCGGCCGAGCUCCGGUCACAUGCGGUGGCCGACGUGCUGGCGGUCUUCCGCCAGGCGUUGCUGCACCAUGACGGGGCCCUGCCCCCGGCGGCCGGCGCCUACCAGGUUGCGUCGCUGUCGGCGGCUGGCCGGGCCGGGAGCUCGUCCUCCACCCGGGAGCUCUUCACCCUGGUCGAGCCUGGCACCGCCAGCUGGGCCGAUCUCGGUGGCGUGGACCUGCUGCGCCAGCGCCUCGAGGAGGCCAUUGUCCAGCCGAUGCUCCACGCCCCGGGCCAGGGGUCCCUCUCACCCCUGGCGGCACUGGCCUACUCCAGCGGCAUGGGGGUCGUUCUACACGGCCCCCCCGGAACGGGAAAGACGCAUCUCGCGCGAGCGGCAGCCGCCGCCGCCGGGGCCAGCAUCAUCUCCUUGUCGGCUGCGUCGAUGGCGCGUGCGCAUGUCGGCGAGUUGGAGGCCUCAGUCCGGCAGGUCCUGGCGGCCGCGCGCGAGGCAGCACCCUGCAUCGUCCUGGUGGAUGAGAUUGACGCCCUGGUCGGGCGGGCCGAUGCCGGUGCGGAGGACGCGGGAGCCCCCGGGGACGAGCUGCUCCUGGCGUCGCUGCUGGCCGAGCUGGAUCAGUUGGCUGAUGUCGCGGCCUCGGUGCGCAUCAUCGCCACCACCAACCACCUUCCUUGGCUGGACGCGCGGCUCCUCCGACCCGGGCGCCUGGAUGUCCAACUGGAGGUCCCCCUACCGGACCAUGCUGCGCGAAUGGAGAUCAUCGAGCUUCUCCUGCGAAAGAUUCCCCUCGCUGCCGGCCUUGACUUGUCGCUCGAGUUCCUUUGGAGCCUGGCCGACCAAUGUGAGGGCUUCUCCGGGGCGGAGCUGGUCAACCUCACCCGGCAGGCGACCAAUGCGGCCCUCUCGCGGCUUCUCUCCCAAGAGCAAGACACCCCCGAUGGUGGUGCGGAUGAGGAGAUUGCCAUCCAUGCCGCCGACAUUGAGGCCGCACUCUCUUCGCUGGUGGCCGCACGCCCCGGCCCCCCUGGCCACUGCUGGCCCGCCGAGCCGGCGUACGACGAGUCCCCCUCGACCGACGACACCCCCACGGGCGCCUCGUCAGCCGGCGACACCCCGGCCGUCCCGGAGCAGCCGUUUGUCUUCCGGCCACUGGCUUCGGCUGAGCCCACUGGCGCCGGGGCAUCCAUGCAGCCGGCCCACGGCGGGACUGCCAAUGGGCCGCCGGUCGCUCUCCCGUCGGUUGGCCCGGCCGCCGAUCGGCGCGCCAGUGACACCGACACAACUCCACCCCCGGCGGCUCCCUUCGUGUUCAAGCCUCUCGGACGGUAGCCCAUCUACUCCGUCAGAACGGUGCUACAAUAUACGACCAUAUCACGUGCA